CGCGCCUCCGGGAGCCCGGGCACGAGCGCGGGGACCGGGCGCAGCCGGAGCAGCCGGGGAUCGCUCGCUGGCUGGCUUGCCGCUGCCGCUGCGCUGUGCCUGGCUACCGCUAGCCGGUGGAUGGGGGUGUCCGGUUGAGCCCCGGGAUCUGCGUCCCUCCGCCAGGACCCAAACAGGGAAACGGAGCUUGACAGUUGCUGUCAUUGUACUGUGGUGCCAGGAUGGAGGCCCCACUGGUGAGUCUAGAUGAAGAGUUUGAGGAUCUGAGGCCCUGUUGCUCUGAGGACCCAGAGGAAAAGCCACAGUCUCUCUAUGGUUCAUCUCCUCACCACCUGGAGGACCCUUCCCUCUCUGAGCUUGAGAAUUUCUCCUCCGAAAUAAUCAGCUUCAAGUCCAUGGAGGACCUGGUGAAUGAGUUUGAUGAAAAGCUCAAUGUCUGCUUUCGGAACUACAACGCCAAGACAGAGAACCUGGCUCCUGUGAAGAACCAGUUACAGAUCCAGGAAGAGGAGGAGACUCUUCAGGAUGAGGAGGUUUGGGAUGCUCUGACAGACAAUUACAUCCCUUCACUCUCAGAAGACUGGAGGGACCCAAACAUUGAGGCUCUGAAUGGCAACAACUCUGACACUGAGAUCCAUGAGAAGGAAGAGGAAGAGUUCAACGAGAAGAGUGAAAAUGAUUCUGGCAUCAAUGAAGAGCCUCUACUCACAGCUGAUCAGGUGAUCGAGGAGAUCGAAGAAAUGAUGCAGAACUCCCCGGAUCCUGAGGAGGAAGAGGAGGUGCUGGAAGAGGAGGAUGGAGGAGAAAUCUCAUCUCAGGCAGACUCAGUCCUGCUGCAAGAGAUGCAGGCCUUGACACAGACCUUCAACAACAACUGGUCCUAUGAAGGGCUGAGGCACAUGUCUGGGUCUGAGCUGACAGAGCUGCUGGACCAGGUGGAGGGUGCCAUCCGUGACUUCUCCGAGGAGCUGGUUCACCAGCUGGCUCGCAGAGACGAGCUGGAGUUUGAGAAGGAGGUGAAGAACUCCUUCAUCACGGUGCUCAUUGAGGUUCAGAACAAGCAGAAGGAGCAACGGGAGCUGAUGAAAAAGAGGCGGAAAGAGAAGGGGCUGAGCCUGCAGAGCAGCCGAAUAGAGAAGGGAAACCAGAUGCCUCUCAAGCGCUUCAGCAUGGAAGGCAUCUCCAACAUCCUGCAGAGUGGCAUCCGCCAGACCUUCGGCUCCUCAGGAGCCGACAGACAGUAUCUGAACACAGUCAUCCCCUACGAGAAGAAAUCCUGUCCUCCCUCCGUGGAAGACCUGCAGAUGCUGACAAACAUUCUCUUCGCCAUGAAGGAGGAUAAUGAGAAGGUGCCUACUUUGCUAACGGACUACAUUUUAAAAGGUGAGAGCAGCUGGCCCCCUCCCUGCACAGAAGGGGGCCUCUGGGCUCCGGUUCUAGCUGUGGAGGUCAAAUUGGACCUACGGGAACAACAGCAUCCUGUGACUUUGCUCCUUCUUGCUGCAUCCUUGAGGAACACCAGUACCAACUCCUUCAUGCCGCCUUGA